AUGGUAGGAUAAAUAGCAUUUUUGUUGUUUUGCAUAUAUUAGAGUGCAGAAAGCAUUGAUGAUCUUGUAUUUCCUUAAAAUAAUUAAUAAUUUAGAUUAUUGAGAUGGUUUGAUUGUAAAACUUAAGAGUAAAUAAAAUUACUAGAUGUAGAUGGCUAAUAAUAAUUAAAUCUUAAAAAUGAUUAAGGAAUAUGUUUAGAUUAGAAUUAUUAAUUGCCUUUGGAUCAAGACUAUACUUAUAAUUACACUUUUAUAUUUAAUCGAUUUCUUAAUGAGGAUGAGCUUUAUAUUUUUAUAGAUUACAAAAUGUAUAAUUUAAGCACAAUAAAAACCUUUUAACCUUAUAUUUAAAUUUAGCAUUAUCAUUAUCUAACAUGUAUGAACUCAAUAGAAUUUAAAUUGAAUUCUGAUGAACCAAUAAAUUUAAUUUUUUUCUAUAUAGCAAAAUAUGAAACAAACACCAAAGAUUAAGUUAUAUUAUCUGGAUAACUACCUUCAAUUGAUAUAAGUAAUUCAUGUUAUUAUGACUUUCGAAAAAGUUUUGUUUAAGAAAUCAAAAAUAAGAUGAUAUAUUAUUAAGCAAGGAUUUCAAAUUCUUAAGAAAAAUAAUCUACAUUUUAUUGGUUUAAGUUUUAUUUAAACAAUUCUGUCUUACAAUUCUCAUUAUAAUAAUAAGAUAUAAAUUAAAGUUUAAUACAAGGAACUUAAAUAAUUACGAAUGAGAAUUAUGAAAAAUUAAAUAAUUUGCCUUUUUUGAUAAAAACUUAAUACAUAAUAAGAUAGACUUUUCUGUUUAUGGAAAUGAAUGAAGACAUUGAAUUUGAAAUAAUAACUCAAAUUGAUGAGACAUUUUCUUAAUUAGUAAAUGAUUCUUAGAUAAGAAGAAAGUUUGAGGAUAGAAAUUAAUUUAGAAUGUUGGUAGAAGUAGAGUCUAUUAUGAAUAACACAUUUAUGGUUGUAAAAGUGUUACCUAAAAAUUAUAAUAAAUGUUUUGUAGAUAUGGAUAUUAGUGAUGCAAAAAUAAAUAUAAAAAAUUAAUAAGAAGACAAUAUAAUAGAAUGUUCUUUUUAAAAUAAUGAUUAAAAUAACAGUUGUUUAAAAUAUGAAAAUAAAGAAUGUUCAUUUUAUGUAAGAUGGGAAUUUAUGAAUAAUACUGAAUAUUCUUAUGAAUUGAAUGGUAUUUUAAGAAAGUAGAUAGAGAGUGAUCCAUAUAUUUAUUUUAAAACAGAAAGAGAGAUUUUAUAUAAUAUGUAGGAGUAAGUAAAGGAAAGUUGGAAUAGUAAUAAGUAUGGAUUAAUUAUUAUAAUGGAAUUAUUGUUAGGAACAUUAAUAUUUUUGGUUUGUGUAAUUUGCAUAUUAGAAUAAAGGAGUUAUCAUCCAUACAUUAACUACAUAAUAGAAAGAGAAGAGAAGAUAAAAACAUAAGGAAGAGAAUCUAUAAAUUAACAAAACGAAGAAUGA